AGGGACUAAAUCCUCGCACAUCCCUCUAAUCUUCUCUCCCAUCUCGAUUGCCUUCUUUGCUGAUCAAGGAGUGAUAGAACUCGUAGUCAAAAUGAAGAAAGGCGGCAGCAAAUGCUGGGUCGUAUUCGCCAGUUGCUCAUUAAACUGCACGACGCUGGGCCAGACGCUGAACAACAUGUUCGCAGCCAGUUCGAUCUGCGUGCUGCAGAAGACAAACUUUCACAGGCUGAAACUGCUAUGCAGAUGUUGGAGACCAGCGGUAGAGUGCAGCAGAUUCUUGAACGGGGACGAAUGGCCCUCAAUCAUUUUCUCGCUGAGCAAUUCGCGAAGAUAGCCAAAGAUGAGGCCAAAGAAGAGGGGAAAGGAGAACCAAGUGAAAGAAGGGAGGAACCAGAACUAACUGAAGAGAUCAUGGAUGACACAAUCAAACAGUUGCAAGUUGCAGUGGAUGCAAAGAUAAGAAGAAAGGAAGCCUAUCAGAAAGAAAAGAAAGAAAAGGAGCAACAAGCAAGAAAGGUAGAAGACAUAAAGCAUAUAUUUCAUGUUGUAGAUUCGGAAACUGACGUGGCGUAUACCUUGCAAAAGAUGAUGGCCUACCUCGCACACCUAGAGAUUAAGAUUGAUAAUGACACUGCAGAAUUGCAGACGGUAAUGAGGCUUGUGAAAGGAAAGAACAAGGUUGUGCAAGAAGAGGUAGCCGAGGAGAAGGAAGAGGAAAAAGAGCCUCAGGAGAAAAUCAUGAAAGACGUCGCUGACACAGUGGAAAGACGACUGCGGGGUACGGGCUGGACAGUCCUUCGACCGGAUCGGGAUGCACCUGAUUUGAGAUGGGAGGAAUAUCUCAAUUGGGUCACAACGCAGACGCGGAAGGGCAACCCUGUGAUUGAAAUACAUGGUCAGAUGCAUUCGAUAGAUGAUGAUAAUGAUGACGAGGAUCGGGAUGAUGGUGAUGGUCAUGAUUAUGAUGAUGGUGAUGGUCAUGAUUAUGAUGAUGGUGAUGGUCAUGAUGGUGAUGGUCAUGAUUAUGAUGAUGGUGAUGAUGGUGACGAGGAGUGGCAGCGGGGUCUGCACCUACUUGAGGUCUCGAUUGAACCACACUCAGAGAAGGAGAAGUGGAGAGCUACAGGGGAGGCACAGGACAGGAACGACGGGCUGAUAGCUCAGCGGGUGACGGGCAGCAGCAGAGAGGAGUCGCGGAAUGGCAGAGGGAAUGAAUCCGGGCGCGUUUCAGCACCGGAUCCAUUCGGAGAAGGGGCCAGGGAGCGACGGGUGAAGUGUUCGGGACCGAUGGGCGAUAGGGCCGAGCUGCUGAGACUGUCAGGCGCUGUGCAGUGGUGAUGCAGCGCCCACCAAGGUGAUGAAGAUGGCGUCCACCAUAGCCAGGUAACCACGGUGCAGUGUACACCUGCGCCGUCCUCAGAAGUGGGCUUCCCGACAUCUCCGUCGCGGUUCGCCCCUCUUGCUACUGGAGCUGAGGUAUCGCAGGACCCGACAGAGUGUACUCCGCCCUCUGUCGCUGUACCGUCUGCGCCUCUGCAGACCACCGUCUCCCCUCCUACCCCUCCGCGACUACUGACGCGUCGAGCCAUUCGCUCAACCCGUUGCAGCAAGCAACUUGCGACUCGUGAGGACGUUGUGUCCUCUCUUUUUGACUUGAGCAUGCUCCAGGCUCGUCAAGAGCGACUCAUCCUCCAUGUCGCUACACUGCGUCGCCUUCUCACCAUCCUCUCUGACCCUGAUCGCACCCUCUCGAUCAUUCCAGUACGACUGGGGACCUCCACGAGGGUGUACUCAGCGCUAUGGGAUUCCGGCUCCCAGGGCGACUUCAUUCACCCACGUGUGGUGAAAGAAGCCCGCUUACCCACGACAGGGUCUCCGACUCCCAUCUCUGUCACCCUAGGGGAUGACAAGACCCAGAGCUUCUUCGAUCAGACGGUGACUGACCUCCCUUUCUUCCUCACUCUCGAGACGACUGAUCGUCCCCCGGCGUCUCGUCGUCACCCCUCCUCUGCACAUUUCGAUGUGAUGGAGACGGGGUACGAAUUCAUUCUCGGUACUCCGCGGUCUCGUCGGUUCCGCAACACCGAGGCCGAUUGGGCAGUCAUGGCUUCUACGCCAAGUGAUUGUCCGAUAGCCUUCUACUCCCGUCAGCUUCUACCCGCCGAGAUGAACUACACGGCUGAUGAACGUGAGGUUCUCGCAGUAGUUUACGCCGCUCAGCAUGGGCGUCACUACCUGCACGGGGCACCAUUCACGUCCAUCUCGAUGGACUUUAGCGGUCCUCUUCGUCCUCCGACCCCACGCGGUCAUGAUGCUAUCCUGGUCGUCGUCGACCGCUUCACGAAGCGUGCACACUUUGUUCCGUGCCGCUAUGCCAUCAGUGCACGUGAGGUCGCCGACAUCGUGUUUGAUCCAGUCGUGCGUGACCACGGCUUACCUCUAAGCAUCAUAGCUGACCGUGACCCGCGCUUUACCAGCCGAUUCUGGCGACGGCUCCACGAGGUUUACGGCACCCAGCUCCGCUUCUCCUCGUCUUACCAUCCCCAGACUGAUGGUCAGACCGAGGUCACGAACAGGACUCUCGAAGAUAUUCUUCGAGAGAUUGUUCGUGACGACCAGCAGUGGGAUCUCCAUCUUGCCCAUGCGGAGAUAGCCUACAACCACGUCGUCUCGCCAGCCACGGGGAUGUCGCCUUACUAUUGCGACCUCGGCUAUCACCCUCGUGUUCCCGCAGACUUUCUUCGACCGUCACAAAUGCACCCCGACACGAGUUGUCCCGCGCUGGAUGAUUGGGUUGCACACAUGACGUCGAUCAUGAAGACCGCACAUGAGCAUAUAGUCGCUUCCCAAACUCGCAUGGGAGCACGUGCAAACCGAUCGAAGAUGAAUCAUCCAUUCAAAGUCGGUGAUGAUGUGCUUAUCGACGUCCGCCACUUACAGCUCGAAGCGGACACGCUUCGCAAGUUUCGGCGUCGCUUCUUUGGCCCAUGCCGCAUUCUCCAAGCCGUCGGUUCUGAUACGGCUUCUAGCCCGGUCAACUUUCGUGUAAAGUUGUCCGACUACCUACACCAGGCUCGUGUGCACGAUGUCUACCACGUCUCGUUAUUGCGUCCCUACCGCAGACCGUCUGAGCAUUUCGCUCGACGACCAUACGAGCGCCCUCCACCCAUCAUGGUGGACGGCCACGAGGAGUUCCUUGUUUCAGACAUCAUUGGUCGUCGAGUCACCGACGACAACCCUCCCCAUGUCGAGUAUCUCGUACGUUAGAAGGGUUACCCUGAUGAGGAGGCUACUUGGGAGCCCCUCGAGCACUUGCAGCACGC